UGAUCCCCUUGGAGUUGGCUCCUGUGGAAGCAGCGAUCCCCCAACAUGGGCAUUAAAGCACAGCUGCCCACUUACGAGCUGGGGCUCUACGCUCUGGUCGUGGCUGGUGCCAUCGUUUACAGCGGGCAGGAGAUCUUCGAAAGCUCCAGAGAAAGCAUGAACCGAAAAGCUUUCCGAGAGAACAUUAAACCAGGAUGGCAUUACUUUGGCAGGAAAAUGGAUGCAGCUGACUUUGAAUGGGCCAUGUGGUUUUCUUCCUUCAGAAACUUCAUCAUCUUUGCCCUAUCCGGGCAUAUCCUCUUCGCCAAGAUCUGUUCCAUGACGACUCCUCAACACAGGUCUGUGGUCUACAUGGCGUACGGGCUACUGGCCGUGCUGGGAACAAUGGGCAGCACUUACCUGAUGAUUGUCCUGUCCCACUGCUUCGUCAUCUACACCGUCUCGCUGGUUAAACAGAAGUGGCUGUGCUUCAUGGCGGGUCUUUGCAGUCUGGCUUCCUUCAAGGUGGAGCCGCUCAGCACCUGGCAGAAUGGGUUUGUAACAGGAACUUUUGAUCUUCAAGAUGUUCUCUUUUACGGAGGAACCUGCUUCAGCAUCAUGCGCUGCAUGAGUUUUGCCCUGGAGAACUGCGAGAGGAAGGAAGGCAACUAUUCCAUCUUCGCCCUCCUGAAAUACAAUUUCUACCUCCCCUUCUUUUUCUUCGGACCUGUCAUGACCUUUGACCGGUUCUAUGACCAGGUGCACAUCAGUGAGAUGCGGCGCAAAGACUAUGAGAUGUGGCACAUCUGUGUCCAUGCUUUCGUCCAUCUUGUGGCCAUCAUGGCAGUGGAUGCCUUUUUCCACUUCUUCUAUAUUCUGACCCUUCCUUCGGACAUGAAGUUUGUCAACCACCUCUCAGAUUGGGCGUUGGCUGGCCUGGCUUACUCCAACCUGGUCUACGACUGGGUAAAAGCCGCGGUGAUGUUUGGGGUCAUCAACACCAUCGCCAGACUGGAUCACCUGGACCCCCCUCAGCCGCCCAAAUGCAUCACCAUGCUCUACGUCUUUGCAGAAACGCACUUCGACAGAGGGAUUAACGACUGGCUAUGCAAGUACGUCUACGAUUAUAUCGGGGGCAAUCACGACAACAUCUUGAAGGAGCUGGUGGCCACCAUCGCCACCUUUCUAGUGACCACCCUCUGGCUUGGUCCUUGCGAAAUAGUUUACAUCUGGUCCAUUUGCAACUGCUUCGGCCUCAAUUUCGAGCUGUGGGUGCAGCAGUUCUUUCAGCUGAAGCCGUUUGCCGCUAUAGAGGCCGGAAUGUCGGAGGCAAUGUCUCGGCGGAUCAGGGGCUUCUUUGGUGCAGCGAACUUCUGGGCUAUCGUUCUAUACAACAUCCUUGCCCUCAAUAGCCUCGAAUUCGCCAUUCUUGUUGCCACGAGAAUUCUCCAAACAGGUUUCCCCCUCAGCACAUUAUCCAUCUGGUUCAUCACUUACUGCGGUGUGCAGCUGAUCAAGGAGAGAGAACGUUUCCUGGCUCUCCAGGAGGAGAAAGGAGACAAGGACAAGACAGAGUAAAGGAGGAGGAGAGAGGCCAGCCCUCAAAAUGGCCGCCGCGGCUUUUUGACACGCUAGGCCGAAGUGCCUGACCCCUCAGCCCUGAGCGCCUGUAUGCUGCCACGAAUAUCUCCUGUAGCCACGUACAAGCUCACCUGUGUAAUAAACUCCUUUCCCCCAUUUAAAUUAAAAAAGAUAUUUUCUAUAAGACUCAAA